GUAAGAGUAUAAAACAGAUGGGUCGCCAGCCUGUGGUUAUCAGUCAGCGGCAGGCGUGGACAGUGCUUCGGUUUUCGCCAUUACACUAGUAUUUCCAGUGGAGAAGAGAAGAGUUCGUGAUUUAAUUUGACCAAAAAUGUCCACCCUGAAAGCAUUAAUAAUUUUCGCCCUAUUGGCCGUAGCUUACAGUGCGCCCAGCCCAGGCUUCUUCGGCAAACAUGAACAUCACACGAUCCACGUUCCAUACAAGGUCCACACGGUGCACCACCAUCAUGUGCAGAAGAUUCAUGUGCCCGUGGUGAAACACGUGCCCAUUUACAAAGAGGUUCCUGUGCACCACGUCCACCACGAGGAGAUCCCAGUGCCCGUUCAUCAUGUCCACCACGAGGAGGUGCCAGUUCAUCAUGUCUACGAGGAUCACCACGACUACCACAAGGGCUGGAGCUCAGCGCACCAUGGACAUGGCUGGAUAUAGGGCGUAUGCAUGGCAAAUACAACCCAGCUCGACGAAGCCCAUUCAUCCAAGAAAUCCAAGGCAAGCCUCCAGACUGUAAAUAUUGUACAAUUCCUAAGUUAAUGAUUGUUAAUAAACUGAAUUCGAUUGUA